AUGGCUGACGUCUCUCCCAACCCCAUUCCCUUCUCAGAGCCCCCGUAUUUGCGGGGUCUCCCAUCGCCAUACUACACCGCCAGUCAUCGCCGAUUCCAGAAAGCUUGCCGCGCAUUCGUAUGGGAGCACCUCCUCAGCCAUGCAAUGGACUGGGAGAAGGCCGGUACAGUCCCCGAACAUGUCUUCAAUGAUUUCUGCAAGCAUAACAUGUUGCUGCCGAAUCUGCCCGCCCCGUUGCCCGUGGAUUGGCUGAAGAAGCUGGGAAUUCAUGAUAUUCUCGGGGUGAAAGUUGAGGAGUGGGAUUAUCUACAUACCGGAAUCUACUGCGAUGAGUUGGCCCGGUCGGGUUUGGCUGGACCAGGGGCCUCGUUGAGUGCUGGUUUCGCUUUUGGCAUUCCGCCGAUCAUCAAGUACGGUAGCAAGGAGCUACAAGAACGUUUUCUUCCUGAUCUCCUCACAGGAAGGAAACGUGGCUGCAUUGCCAUCACGGAGCCAGAAGCGGGGAGCGAUGUGGCCAAUAUCACCACCACUGCCACGAAGACUCCAGAUGGAAAGUACUACAUCAUCAACGGGACAAAGAAAUGGAUUACCAACGGAAUUUGGUCUGAUUAUACUACCAUGGCCGUCCGCACUGGCGGCCCCGGGGCAGCCGGUCUCUCGGUCAUUCUCGUGCCUCUCAAAGGCCACCCCGGUGUCACCAUGCGUCGACUCAAGGUGUCUGGCCAGAUCACCGGUGGAACGACGUACAUCGAGCUCGACGAUGUCAAAGUUCCCGUGGGCAACCUGAUCGGCCGCGAAGGCGAUGGCAUGCGCAUCAUCAUGACCAACUUCAACCAUGAACGCCUGACCAUCGCGGUCGGCGUCACCCGCCAGGCCCGUGUCGCUCUAGCUGCCGCCUUUCAGUACACGAUGAAGCGCGAGGCGUUCGGCAAGACACUGAUGGAUCAACCUGUGGUGAGGCACCGACUAGCCAAGGCGGGCGCGGAGCUCGAGACCAUGUGGGCGUGGGUGGAGCAGAUCUUGUACCAGUUGUGUCAUCUCAGCAAGGAGGAGGCCGAUCAGCAGCUGGGAGGGAUCACGGCGCUGGCCAAGGCCAAGGCGGCUAUGGUGCUGAAUGAAUGUGCGCAGUGUGCGGUCUUGUUGUUUGGUGGGGCUGGAUAUACCGCUAGUGGGCAGGGAGAGUUGGUCGAGGCGAUUCUGCGAGAUGUCCCUGGAGCUCGUAUACCAGGUGGAUCAGAGGAUGUCCUCCUGGAUCUGGCCGUGCGGCAACUGGUCAAGAUCUAUCAAUUGGGGGAGAAGAAACUCGCCCAAAAGGCAAAGAUGUGA